AUGCAGGUUGUUGUUGAUAAAUAUCCUACUUGGGGAGAUGUUGUUGAAGUUGAUACAUGGGUCAGUCAGUCUGGAAAGAAUGGUAUGCGUCGUGAUUGGCUAGUUCGGGAUUGCAAUACUGGAGAAACCUUAACACGAGCAUCAAGUGUUUGGGUGAUGAUGAAUAAACUGACAAGGAGAUUGUCAAAGAUUCCUGAAGAGGUUCGAGGGGAAAUAGAACCUUAUUUUGUGAAUUCUGACCCUGUCCUUACCGAGGACAGCAGAAAGUUAACAAAACUUGAUGACAAGACUGCUGACUUUGUUCGAUCUGGUCUUACUCCGCGAUGGAGUGACCUUGAUGUUAACCAGCAUGUGAAUAAUGUAAAGUACAUUGGGUGG